AUGCGGGAACACGGCGACGACGCAGAGGAUACACAGACACCAUUCAUCGACAGCAGCUACAACGGCGAUAACAGUGAUAACACUGCUUCCACUGAUACAGGCACUAAUAGCAGUACACCGUUCGUGUAUGCCAAAUGGCCACAGCCAGAGCCCUUAAUGAAGAAACUACAUCGUAUUCUAUCUGAUCAUUUGAAGUUUGUUGGGGCUGGAAUCAUUGCAGCCGUCAGCUACAUUGAUCCAGGCAACUGGAGUGUCGAUUUCGCUGCUGGCUCCCUUUACGGAUACAGCUUACUCGGUGUCGUUCUCCUUGCAAGUCUGGGCGCCAUGUUCUACCAGAUACUGGCAUGCAGACUCGGUGUCGUCACUGGAAUGGACUUGGCCCAGCAUAUACGCCUACAGCUACACGACAGACACCCAAGGCCCGUUCUAUGGCGGUGGCUUGCUCUAUAUCCCCUUUACGUCCUCACUGAACUCUCUCUCAUCGCAACUGACUUGAGCGAGCUGCUUGGGUCUGCUAUAGCCCUCAAUCUCAUAUUCCCUUUUAUGCCUCUCUGGGUUGGCGUCUGUCUCACUGCACUCGACGUACUCGUCAUUCUCGCCAUGUACAACCCAACUGGCAGCUCACGAAGCAUGCACAUCUUCGAAGCCAUCAUCGCUGUCUUGACCCUCACCGUUUUCGCCUCUUUCGCCGUCCUCGUUGGUAAAGUCCACCCUGAAUGGUCUCAAGUUCUGCGCGGUUUCCUCCCCAGCAAGCUCGCGUUUGAACCUGGUGCGACCUACAUCAGUAUUGGGAUUAUAGGUGCAACGGUUAUGCCUCACAGUCUUCUCCUAGGCUCUAAUAUUGCUACAGCUGAGAGAUUACACCCGAAGCGGUCGCCAGCAUCUAGCAUAAGGGAGAGCAGUGACGAAGACAGGUUCUCACUCAGCAGCAUAGAAGACACUCAAACACCCCUAGAAUACGUUUCUAAAGCUAUGAAACAAGACCCUGAUUACGAGCCAUCCCCGCGCAUCGGCGACGCAGACGUUUAUGAUGGAGGUCCUGGUCGACUACCAUCCAUCCUAAAACACCUCACACAUGGCAGUUGGGAUAUAGCACUCUCGCUUAUCACCAUCGCCGUACCUGUGAAUGCAGGUAUUCUCAUCGUCGCCUCGGCAACCUUCUUCAAUAACCCUGAUAGAAGUGGUAAUGGCGUUGCAGAUCUUUUCGACGCUCACAAUCUCAUUAUGACUUAUGUCGGUAAACCAUUCGCUUUCAUCUUUGCUUUCGCUCUGCUGUGCGCUGGUCAAUCUGCAUCUAUCACUGCAACUCAAGCUAGUCAGGUUGUUAGUGAGGGCUUCAUCAAAUGGAGAAGUCCACCAAUACUCCGUCGCCUAAUAACCAGACUAAUGGGUAUUAUACCCUCUCUCAUUAUAGCCGUUGGAGCUGGCAGAAGCGGGAUUGAUCAGCUCCUCAAUUCUUCCCAGGUCGUUCUCUCAGUUAUGUUACCAUUCGCUAUAGGACCUUUGAUAUAUCUCUGCGGAAGGAAGGAUGUAAUGAGAGUCUGGAAUCCUACAGAUGAAGGACAGUCUACUUCAACAACUAAUCUACUUGAUGCGUCGAGAUUGGGUCCUUCUCAUUCUCAUCGUAGAACGCAAUCUCAGUCUUUGGAUGUCGAUGGAUAUCAACAAUUUCAGCUCUCUGAUCAGCUUCAACUGAACUCAAUUGGUCAGUGGGUUGAUUUGCGUCCUCCACGGUAUAUAAUGAUCACCUCUUGGAUAAUUUUCGCAGCUCUUUGUGCGGCUAAUGGUUUCAUAGUCGUACAAUUCUGCCGGGGUAAAGAAAUAUAA